ACGGUCAGAGGAGAAAUGAAAACGUCUCGCUCAGUGUUUCCAGCCGACAGCAAAUAGCGCUGCGCCGGGUGUAACCGAGCAGCGUUAGCAUCAUUAGCCUGACAUGUAGCUAGUUAGCUUUAAGCGUACGCAGCUGUAGAAUGAAGACCACACACUGGACUAUCACAGAGCAUGCAUGAGGCGUGUUGGUGUCAUAUUCAUUUACAAAUAUUGCAUGCUUUUAACCGAUGUCCUGGUUUUGUUUGUCUUGUCGGGCAGAUCUACACCUCGGUUAGCCUGUUAGCCUGUUAGCUGUUAGCCCGUUAGCUGUUAGCUCCUGCGCUGCACAGUGGCGUAUGGGUGUCAGAGUUAGCAGUGACUUCACCGGUGUCUGACUGCCUGGCUCUACAUUUUGGACACGUCAAGGGGCUGCAAUGUCCGAUUCCAAAGCCCCCACUCCGACUCCUGCUGGUGACACGUACAAAGGAUGGGUUUUCAAGUGGACAAAUUACAUCAAGGGUUAUCAGAGACGAUGGUUUGUCCUGAGCAAUGGCUUGUUGUCGUACUACAGGACACAGGCAGAGAUGGGGCACACAUGUAGGGGCACAAUCAAUCUGGCCACUGCAACAAUAACUGUGGAUGACGCCUGUAACUUUGUCAUCUCCAACGGCGGGGCCCAAACUUACCAUCUCAAAGCCAGCUGCGAGGUGGAGCGACAACGAUGGAUCACGGCGCUGGAGCUGGCCAAAGCCAAGGCCGCACAUUUACAGCAAGAGUCUGACGACUCCGGGGACGACUUUCCCCCGUCCUCUCACCCAGCGCUCCCGGGACAGGGAGGAGGGUCACAGAACUCUGAGGUCCAGUCUGCUCUGAGGACGCUGGGAAGCAAAGUGGAGGAUCUGAGCACCUGCAACGACCUGAUUUCAAAACACGGAUCUGCCCUCCAGAGAUCAUUGUCAGAACUCGAUAGCUUGCGUUUGACAGGAGAGGCCGGAGACAAGAUUCGGCAGGUGACAGAAAGAGCCACGUUGUUCCGAAUCACCUCAAACGCAAUGAUAAAUGCGUGCAGAGACUUCCUUGCACUGGCGCAGGCUCACAGCAAAAAGUGGCAGAAGGCGCUGCAAGCCGAGCGGGAACAGCGCGUGCGACUGGAGGAGACCUUGGAGACGUUGGCGAAACAACAUAAUCAUUUAGAGCGUGCGUUCAGAGGAGCAGCGCAGGCCAACGCCACUGCAGACAACAAAAGUUCAGCUGGACCUGGGCCGGGGAAAGGUGAAGCCAGCGAUGAAGAUGAUGAUAAUGAGUUUUUCGACGCCAUGGAGGAAGCGCCGGAGUUUAUCACAGUACCAGCCGACCCCCACUUCCACAAAAGAUCGAGCAGCACGGCGAGCGGCUUCAACAGUGAAAUGUGCGGAGACGAUCAGUCGCUGAACGAGGAGCCGUUAACGAUGAGCCAGGAGCCGUCUCAGGAGCUGGUGCCACUGAAGAAGAGAAGGACCCGCAUCCCCGACAAACCAAACUACUCCCUCAACCUCUGGAGCAUCAUGAAAAACUGCAUUGGCAAAGAACUCUCUAAAAUUCCUAUGCCUGUCAAUUUCAACGAGCCGAUUUCCAUGUUGCAACGGUUGUCAGAGGAUCUCGAGUACUACGAACUGCUGGACAAAGCCGCAAAGUGCCACAGUUCCUUGGAGCAGAUGUGUUACGUCGCAGCCUUCUCCGUGUCCUCGUACUCGACCACCGUUCACCGCACAGGAAAGCCCUUCAACCCGCUGCUGGGAGAGACCUACGAGCUGGACCGCAGGAGAGAGUACGGGUAUCGCUCUCUUUGUGAACAGGUGAGCCACCACCCGCCUGCAGCCGCUCACCACGCCAUUUCUGACCGCGGCUGGACACUGAGGCAGGAGAUCACAGUGGCCAGCAAGUUCAGGGGCAAAUACCUGUCCAUUAUGCCUCUAGGAACCAUCCACGCCAUUUUCGAAAAGGGACAGAGUCACUACACGUGGAAAAAAGUGACCACGACCGUGCAUAACAUUAUCGUAGGAAAACUAUGGAUCGACCAGUCCGGAGAAAUCGAUGUAGUAAAUCACACAACUGGAGACCGGUGCCAUCUUAAGUUUGCUCCUUACAGCUACUUCUCCAGAGAUGUGGCUCGAAAGGUAACAGGGGUGGUGAUGGACAAAGACGGAAAGGCUCACUACGUUCUGUCCGGGACCUGGGAUGAGAAGAUGGAGCUCUCCAGAGUGAUGCAGAGCAGCCGCGGGGGAGAGAACGGAGCCGAGGGCAAACAGAAAACUGUCUAUCAAACUCUGAAAGCACGAGAAAUUUGGAGGAGGAACCCUUUGCCUGAGGGAGCAGAGACCAUGUACUACUUCACCUCUCUGGCGCUCACACUGAACGAGAUGGAGGACGGAGUGGCUCCCACCGACAGCCGCCGCCGCCCUGACCAGCGCCUGAUGGAGGACGGCCGCUGGGACGAAGCCAACGCCGAGAAACAGAGGCUGGAGGAAAAACAGCGCAGCGCCCGCCGUGAAAGAGAGAGGGAGGCGGUGAGCCAGCGCACAGCCAGCCAAUCAGACGAGGGGGAGCACGCCCCUCACGACAACUACAACGCACUUUGGUUUGACCGAUGCAACGAUCCGAUUAACGGAGAGCCGGUUCACAUCUACAAAGGAGGAUACUGGGAGUCGAAGGAGCGCGGGAGCUGGGAGGGAUGCCCCGAUAUAUUUUGACCUUAGUCGCUUUAAGUGCCCACGAGAGACUGGACAUCGAGGCUACGAUACAGCUCCCCGGGGCGGCCAUCUUGGGAUAAACCUAUAGGCUGUUUUAACUGCGAGCCUCUCAUCUCCUGCAUACUUCUUCCACAGUGUCUUAUCUCCUCCUCCUUUUUGCUGCUGCACAUCAGAGAACCUGUCAAACUGAUCUUUUUUUUUUUUUUUUCUGGAACUAUGGCGAGAACGCGGUUUCAAAUUCUCUCUUGAUCUUUGCUCACUUUUCCCAGAUGAAGAGCAGAACUGUGUGUUUCUUCGCUGUUGUGAGUCCGUGUAUCGACCCUCACCGUGUUCGUUUUGUUUGUUCUUAUGUUGAUAAUAAUUAUGACAAAUGGAUUUAUAUUGUAAUUCUAUCUGGAGUAUAGAGUCCCACUUCAGUAAAAGAGAUUAUGGUUCAAGUCAUUUCUGUUUAAAAAAAACAACACAUAAACGUGCAAACAGAAUGAAAUUAUAAGCGUUUUUAAAGUUCUAAUCAAGUUACAAAUUAAUUAUGUUUUAUUUGGAAGGUGAAUUUUGGCUAAACUAAAUACAAAAUUAACUUAAAUAUUUCCGUGUGUGUGCUAAACCUUUAUAAUAUGGGAUCCAAAAAGGCUACACGUUCCAUUAGCGACUGAACUUCUCCACUUUAUAUCAACGUUUCCGAGACACAGCUCCCCAGAUUAAUCUCUUUGUUGACGUGGGACGCUAUUAUAACAACACAUGGAAUUGUCAACCAGUGGCCUUCGAGACGUUAGCAAAGCCGUAAUGUUGAUCUUUUGAUUUUGUGUCUUAACUUGAUGACCUGAAGGUUGGACAAGUUCGUUUGGAGCAUAUCCGAGCUUCCGUAACUUUACCGUCGGAGUUGGUUGUGUUUUUUUUAAAUCUAUUUUCCAGCUGGUUGACCUUCACUCGUUUGUGUUUUACUACGUUAUAACUUGUUUUAUCAAGCCUUUUCUUUGCCUUAGCAACGAGAUUGACACAAAAGGCAGUUUUAUCUGACAUCACACGUGUACAUUGUGAAGAAAAAGAUAGGAAAAAACUCACAUUAGUGCAAUUUUUAGAUGCUACUCAUGAACCGAUGGGAGAGGUUACACUUUUUGUGAAAUAAUCGCUCUGGCUUUUACAGUUUGGGGGCGUGAUUUUUGCUGUCCACUAACAUGCAAAACGAUUGUCACACCACAGAAACUUUUGAGUUAUGCAAGUACAUUUUGACACCAAAUAGGAGGCGUGGAUGAGCGUGUGCGUGUGCGUGUGUCGGAGUUUUGUUUGUAAGUGUACUUAAAAUGAAGAAUAAAUAAAAAAUAUUAAGAACAUUCUAGAUAUGUAUGGGUUAUGCGUAGAAACGUGUACAAUUUUUCACUCUCAGGUCAUUCGUUGAGUUACAAAGGGACAUGCAGUAUCAACUUGAUUAUAAUAAAAGCGGUUGUUGUCUGAAGCUUUGAG